AGUUACCUCAAUGCUCUGAUAUGUCCUCUGCUGCGCCAUUUACCAGAACGCUACGUUUCGAGGAUCCCUGAAGGCUGAAUUCUCCCUCUCUCUGACCUCAUCAUGUCGCUUGAACACAUAGCGUUUACACCUGCUAUACAUCCACGCCAUCAAAUAUCUGCAUUUUCAGAACCCAACUCUCGGGUACCUUCCCCACCGCCAGUAAAAACCAUGCCAGAAAGCCAUCCCAACGUUGUCACAGCAAGCUCCAGCGCUACUAGCCUCUUUGCGUCUUCUUCUUCAGAUGCAAGCUCAGAGUCACCAUCGCCAUCCAUCACCGAUGCAGCUCGCUCAUCUUCUCCAACAAUGUCGUUAAACGGAUCACAAUUGCAGAAUGGAGAGCCCGCAACCCAGCCAAGUCAAGUUCCCGACGUUGACCCCCAAAUCCUUGAGGCACUUCGAAAUAAAGACCGUUUAUAUGUUUUGAAAUUAGGAGAAUUAAUGGAAGGGCUGAUUAUCGAUCGAAACAGACAACGAGUGGAAUUAUUGCCGUCAACAUCUUAUCAGAGAAUGCUUGUGCAUCGCUGCUCCGCAUACUACAAGUUGACGCCAGAUUCUGAUCAAAUCAGCAAGAUGAUCUAUGUUUCCUUGACUUCGGAAAGUAGAAUUCCGCUCAAGAGACUCGCUGAUCUUGUGCCAGCUGAACCCAUGGCACAGCCCGCCUUCAAGAUCAUGCGAAGGACACAGCAAGGCCGCAAGCCUCACUCCUCUACAAGCUCGGUGACUGGCGAGGAAGCCGACUUGUCUGACAUGGAGCCAUCUGAAGCGGGCAGUAUGGGCGGGAGAAGUAGUGCAGCAGGCGGAAGUCACCAAAAGCGGAUGACGAUUGAAGAAAGAGAAGCUGCCUACCAGGAGGCACGCUCUCGUAUAUUCAAUGAUUACGAAGAAAGAGGGAGAGACAGGGAACCAAGUGCCAGCUCGUCUACUCUCAGUCUUUCCGCAUCAAAUAGCGGAGGCAGCGUUGGGGAUGUGGACGAUUCAUCAAACUCUUUAGCAACCGAAAGUGAACGUUCGGGACCUUCGUUCGCUCGUCGUUCCGCCAAUAUGUCAACCCCUUCCAGUUCUCGCUCUUACAGAACUGGAUUUACGUCUAAUGGAUCUGGCAGCUCACGCGAUUCUCGAGCUGCUUCGCCAUCCUUCACUUACGCGUCGUUAUAUGAACCAGCGGUCUCCUCAGCACCGCCAUACGAUCCCUCUGCAACGGGUUAUCCCCCUACAUCGUACAUGUACCAUUAUCAACAACCCUCUAAUGCACCUUAUCCCCAUUAUCCGUAUUAUCCAUACCCUUAUGCGCACAUACCUCCGCCUUCCCAAAAUACAGCUGAGGCGUCCACUCCCUCUGAGAUGUACUCUUCACAACCCCCACCCGCCAUGAUGUACGGUCCUCCGUACAUGUGGCCCUCUCCACCUAAUCAACCACCAAUCCAUACGGUGUCUCCCGUACAGCACCAGAAUUCGAGUAGUGGACAAAUUCCUGGCGUCCCCCAGCCGCCUCAGCCCCAGCCUGCUCAAUCCCAACAGCAGUAUUAUAUGCCGCCUCCGCCGCACGGUUAUUAUCCCAUGCCAGGGUAUUACACACCACCCGCUGGGCAACCAAUGCAUCACCCGCCUCCACCCGGUGCACCUCAGUUCUUCGAUGAUACUCGAAUCAUGAACAGCUCGGUACCUGGCAAUGGUAACAGCAAUCUUUACAUGGGGGGCGAAGAUUAUUCUCAGAGAAGUGGAGGCCACGGCGCCGGAUUCAAUAAUAGAAACAAUGGACGAGGUGGCUAUGCUUCAGGAAAGACUCGUGGUGGCGUUCCAGCAAGAUCCGCGUGGAGCUAUGGUCCUGGUAUCGGCAUGGGUGGCAUGCCAAUUGGCAGUGGGAACAGUUCUUCGUCUUCCAGCGUCAAUGGAGAGGCAGUUGGCCCAAGAUUUAAUAGUUCGAUGAGACGAAUAUCCAAUACAAGUGCUGGCAGCUCAGGACAGUACCGCUCCUCAUCUGCUGGAGACGAGGCAGCGUCGCAAACGUCGUCGACGUCGUCGUCGUCACGGCGAACAUAUACGUCUACCACGUCGUCGCAACAUCCCUUACCAGCGCGACCGGAUUGGGCUGUAGGACUCAAGCCCGACCUCAAUCACUUGCAUAACGGUUCACGAAAUUUAUCGCCAAUAUCUCCACCUAGAUCGGUGAACGGAGGCUCAUCGCAUUCAAAUUCGCCUCGUACCCGGGGCCCGCAAGACCAAACGACGCUUCCAAUACUCCAAGCAAACGACUUCCCUCCGCUCACGUCAAUACCCUCCGAGAAACGUUCAUCUGCGCCGGCUGUAGGCGGUGCCUGGACAAAUGCUGCCAGUCGCUCACUCCUUAUGACGCCGCCAACUGGGCACGGAGGGCAAGGUAAUGUUCACCACACAUCCCAAGCCCCUGCCCUUCAGCUGGGACAGCAUUCAAUCGCUCAUAACAACGACGCAGUCCAGAGGCUUGAGGAUAACAGCAGUUAUGAGAGGCCUCCACCAAAGGCGACAGAAUUAUACGACCCCAAAGCAGGGAGUAAACGUGGCAGACCAAACAACGGUAUGCAUGCAGGGCAAGCCAUGGGACGAGGCAGUUUCUCUCCUCCCGAAACGGACAUUGCCGAGCAACUUGGUUCAAUGUCAUUGAGUGGCGAUCCGGGACCUCAGCAACCUUUGUCCUACCCUCCGGCUGGGCUAUCAUGAUGUUCGCUAUGGGCCCUGCAAUUACAGAGGUAAAAGUGUUUACGUGGGUGAGCAGUGUUAGUGUGUAUUGGUUUGUGUGAAGUGCCCUGUUGUCUGUCUGUCAUUACCCUGUCGCUUUGCUGUCGAGUUCUUAUCCCUGUCUAUCUCUAUUAUCGGUUUCUCCCCUUCAUACAUACUGCUCGCCUUUUCUUCCUGACUUGGCUACAGUAUGUGUUCGAUUCAGCUUCUACUUGUUCCUUAUGCUGCGAGUAUUUACAUACAUUAGUCCAUAGAUUUCAAAGCAAAGAGAUCAAAUUGUACCUAUUCUUCAUACA